AUGCAGAUAGCUCGGAUCAUGGCCGAGGCGUACCGCACGUGUACGCUCGAUCCUGCGGAUAGCGACACCAACGGCGCCGAAUUCAAACGGCAGGACUCGUACGCCGUCGGCCGUGAAGAGCGGGCCAUGCCGUUCGGGAUGGGCGACCUCCGAGUGUGGGACCCGCGUUCGCGUCACGGCGCGGUUCUGGACGCGAUCGCUGGUAAACUGUUUGACGUGUACGCGAGGUUUUGGACCCGGGCAGCAAGGGCCGCGGCCCAAAACGAACGGUCGAGGCCAUCGGUCACCAAGAGUACGGGCGAAGGGCUGGCCGACCGAGGGCCGACGGCGAUGCCGGGUAUACGUGAUCUGGUCGAGAUCGUUGUAGCCGUGCGGGACGCGUUGUCCGGACACCAUCGACGCCGGCACGACGACGAUCGCGACCUCGGUACGGGACCGGCGGUGGCGGCGGUCGCGAGUAAAACACACGCGCGGCAAGGCAGAAGGCUGAGAGUCGAGGUAAUGCCAACGCACGUGGAAGACCGUAGUUCCCGGGCGGACGGACAGCCGCCGGCCGUGCGCCGGGAAUCGACGCGUGAGCUCCGGAAACGCCUGGCCCUGGUCACCGACCGGUUAAAAUUGGUGGACAAAGAAAAACGUGACCUGAUGGUCGCCGUGCAUAGAGUUCGACUGGACCCGUCGGUCACCUUGCUGCGCGCCACGCUCGACAAAGAGAGAAAAAAAAACGUUCGUUUGCAAUCCGUCGUCGACGAAAUGUUCGCCGCCACCAGAACGGUUCGAAACUGUCCCCUUUGUGAUCUGUAUACAAAUGCCGAUAUCAAUUAA